GACCGCUUCAGCAGCGUGGGUCGGGGGUGUGACUUUUGGGCUUUCGCCAUAUAAUCUGCUCUCACUUCAUCACUCAUUACUUCAUUAGUCAUUACUCACUUUAAGUCAUUAGGUAGAGAAGAGACAUCUGUUUCAACGUAAUUAAUUUGGAUUUCUAUUAUUCAAUUAGUUUUCGAGGUAUGAAUAUAAUGAUCAAUCCUGAGCUCGUCCUUGCGCACAAAUUUCCUGAGACGAAAUAUCAGUAUUCUGAGAGAGAUGCAGCUUUAUAUGCUCUUGGUGUCGGAGCAUGUGGGACUAACGCAGUUGAUGCCAAUGAACUGAAGUAUGUUUACCAUGGUGAUGGUCAACAAUUCAUCAAGGUCUUGCCUACUUUUGCAGCUAUAUUAUCUUUAAGUGCUGAUACUAAUCUUUUCAAUAUUCCAGGAAUGGAGUAUGAUCCACGACUUCUCCUGCAUGGACAACAAUACAUAGAAAUUUACAGGCCACUUCCAUCGAACAGUUGUAUACGAAACACAACAAGAGUUGCUGGGUUGCAUGAUAAAGGUAAAGCAGCUAUCCUGGAAAUAGAAAUGACAAGCUUUGAUGAAGAUUCUAAGGAACCACUUUGCAUGAACAGGAGCACAAUCUAUUUUAGAGGUGCUGGUGGUUUUUCAAGGUCUUCUCCACCCUAUACUUUCACAAAUUAUUCAGGGACCCAGCUUCCUGCCAUUAAGAUCCCCAAAAGUCAACCUUUUGCAUCAUUUGAGGAUGUUACUCGACCAUCUCAGGCAUUGCUAUACAGACUCUCUGGAGAUUAUAAUCCAUUGCAUUCUGAUCCUAUGGUUGCAGAGACGGCGGGGUUUCCACGUCCUAUAUUGCAUGGACUCUGCAGUCUUGGUUAUGCAAUCAGAGCUAUUAUUAAAUGCAUUUGCAAAGGGAACUCAGACAUGGUCAAGAGUUUAUCAGGUCGGUUUCUUCUGCAUGUCUUCCCUGGUGAAACUUUGAUCACAGAAAUGUGGCUUGAGGGUUUGAGGGUUAUAUAUCAGGUAAACGUGAAGGAGAGAAACAAAGUGGUGCUUUCUGGUCAUGUUGAUCUUAAUCUUUUACCUUCGCAUUUGUGAAUUAUCAACUAUAUAUCAAACAGUAUCACUGUAUUGUCUUUAUAUUGCUGUACAGAGGUUGUGCUACUUUCAGGUAAUAAAGGUUCGAUUGAACUUGGUCGUUAAGCAUUUGUUUAGUGAAAUAACAAUAAAGGGUGUUCUUUCCGUUGUUUUCAUCAUCAAAAUCUGUAAUUCAAUUAUGUUGUAAACCUAAUAUGUACAUGUAUUGGUAAUAUUGGUUCUAUGGGAACAUAAAUUUAAUUAUUUAUUUUAUUUUU